AUGGGUAGCAUUAAAAUUCUCGUUAUUUUAGUCUUUUCACUUUUUUUGGCAAAAUGUUACUCCAAAGGUGAAGACUUUCUCCAGUGUCUUUUCAAAUACUCCAAAAACAACAUUACACAAAAUAUUUACACCCCAGGCUCCCCAACUUAUUCUUCUAUCCUGGAAUAUGCCCAAAAAAAUCCUAGAUGGUUGAAUUCUUCACACCCGCUCUUCAUUGCCUCCCCUAGGGAAGAAUCAGAAAUCAGGCCUGUCAUUCUAUGUAGUAAAAAAAUAGGCCUACAAAUGAAGAUCAAAAGCGGUGGCCACGACUAUGAAGGCAUAUCUUAUCGCUCUAAAUCACCGUUUGUUAUGCUUGAUUUAAGCAAUCUUAACAAAAUCAAGAUUGAUUUAAAUGAAGAAACAGUUUGGGUUCAAACAGGGGCGACCCUCGGCGAAUUUUACUAUGCAAUUGCCAAGAAAAGUAAAGUUCAUGCAUUUCCAAGCGGUGUCUGUUUCAGUAUUGGCACUGGUGGAAUCAUCAGUGGUGGUGGGAUCGGCGCAUUGAUGAGGAAAUUUGGCCUGGCAGCUGAUAACGUUGUAGAUGCACGUGUGAUGGAUGUCAAUGGAAAUAUUCUUGACAGAAAGAUGAAUGGAGAUUUGUUUUGGGCGAUAAGAGGAGGUGGAGGAGCAAGUUUUGGUGUUAUUCUAGCGUGGAAACUAAAAUUGGUUCGUAUCCCCGAAAAGCUUACUGUUUUCACUAUUCGUAGGAAGUUAGAGGGUAACAGAAAUCUCCUCCAAAAAUGGGAAAAGAUAGCACAUCAACUCCCUGAAGAUUUGUUAAUCAGAGUUAUUAUUCAAAAUGGCGUAUCCUCAGCAAAUGAUGCCAAAAAGUAUGUGGAAUUCUUAUUUCAGGCACAGUAUGUUGGACCUGUUGAUGAGUUAAUUCCUCUGCUUAAACAGUACUUCCCUGAGUUCAAUUUGGAGCGAAAAGAUUGCUUUCAAAAGAGUAAUACUGCUGGUGCAGAGAAAGAUUGCCAUGAAGUUUCCUGGAUUCAGUCGAUCUUAUAUUUCUUUUUCAGAAAACUAACUGAUCCACCAGAAACUUUGCUAGAAAAGAGUAUUCCAACGCACAAGAAUUAUAACAAAGGAACAUCUGAUUUUGUGAAGACUCCCAUUCCGGAAAGUGGUUGGGAAAUGAUAGAAAAAAUGUUCUUGGAAGAAGAAAAUCCACAGAUAAUUUUUGAGCCAUUUGGUGGAAAACUAGAUGAAAUCUCUGAAUCUGAGAUUCCUUUUCCUCAUAGAAAAGGGAAUUUAUACAAUAUUCAGUACUUGAUCUAUUGGGGCAAUAAUAGUGAGAGUAUAUCAAGCCAAAAGAUAGCAUGGAUGAGGAAACUUUACAAGGAAAUGGAGCCAUAUGUUGCAAACUCUCCAAGAACUGCUUAUCUGAACUACAGGGACCUUGAUUUUGGGACAAAUCAUGACGACUACAGCUAUUCUAAGGCCAAAAUAUGGGGUGAAAAGUAUUAUAAUGGCAACUUUGAGAGGUUGGCUAAAGUGAAGAGUAAGGUAGAUCCCAACAAUUUCUUCAGAAAUGAACAAAGUAUUCCACCUUAUUCUGCUAAUAUUUAGCUCAAGUUUCCUUUUACUCAAAUGUCACAUGUUUUUAGACAAGCCAGUUAGUGCUUGUGUCAAAUUGUAAU